AAUAAGUAGCACGACAAUCGUUAAUGAACCCAAUAAAAAAAAAACUUCAUGCAAUGAACACUUCUGUUUGAACAAUCACGUCUCUCUCAGUGACGUCGUCGUAGCACACAUUUUAAACGAGACAGAUCCUAAAAAUUUAGUUCAACUCGCGAGAUCGAUCAAACACAACGUAUCCAAGUUAGUGUUCAGGCAACUGCCAAGUUUCGCGAAUUACCUCCAUCCAACGACAACGUCGCAACGAGAAUCAAAAAUGAAAGUGAAGAAGUUCAACGACCUCGAUAACGAAACGAAGGCUCUGUUAGAAGCCAGUAUCGCAGCUCGAGACCGAGCUUACGUACCUUUCAGCCAGUUCAAAGUAGGGGCUGCUAUACUAUGUCAAGAUGGCACAACGCAUACCGGUUGUAACAUUGAAAACAGCGCUUACCCAAUGACCACUUGCGCCGAACGUACAGCUACUGUAAAAGCAGUCUCGGAGGGUCACUGUGAAUUCGUUCGAUUAGCCGUAUGCGCGAUUAAAGAUAAUGAUUUCGUCUCACCUUGCGGCUCGUGUCGUCAAACGGUGGCGGAAUUCGUUCGAAAAGACGGUAAUUUGGAUAUCUAUCUGGUGAAACCGGAUAAAGAAGACGUACUGGAGACAACUCUGAAAGAAAUUCUACCAUUGUGUUUUAAAUUUGAUUAAAAUUCAGCGAGAAUUAUUACACGCUAUACCGCGUAUGUACGUAAAUUACACAUUUUUAUACUUCGUAAUCGUAAAUACAAGUUUCCUAGUCUAUAAAAAUAUUAUUCACUAACAA